GAGGCACCGACUCGCAGGUACAGCACUACCGACGUCCUUUGCGCCCCACGUCCGUUCACGUCGCUCCCAUGGCGGGCGGUGCGCCGUGCGCUGGGAACCCCGUGCGCCGCGCAGCGGAGGAGGCACGGCGGCAGAAGAUCACCGAGGAGUUGGCGGCGAGGAAGCAGAACUCCAAAGAGCUUUGGGCGCUGCAACAAGAGCUCUUGAAGAAGUCGGUGAAGACCCCUUUGCUGGAGGCUGCGAGGCAGCUGUUUCAGGCCGAGCACUACGACGCCGUGGUGGAGGAGCGCUCGCUGGAGGAGCUUUGCGGCUACCCGUUGUGUGGCCAUCGCACCACGGCGCUCCCUGCAGAGAAGCGCUGGGCCGUGAACUACGCUACACGCGAGGUGAUGGAUGCCGAGGAGGUGAAGAAGUUCUGUGGCCCCUCCUGUCGACGCGAAAGUCAACGCUUCCGCGCCUCGCUGCAGCCGGAGCCCAUCUACCUGCGCCCGGCCAGCGCCCUGACCGCGGCGCAGACCGCCACGGCGACUGCGGAGCAGACGGCGACGGCGCAGAAGGCCGAAGACAGCAGGAGAGACGAGAAGGAAGCGAAGGACAAGGACAUCCCAGCCGUGCGGCCGCGCACGGUCGUGCGCUUUUCGCGGGAGAAACGCUCCUAUCAGGUGCACUACAGCGAGUACGACGGCGGCGGCGCGCUGCCCGACGUCGCGCCGCGCCGGGACGCGCCAAGAGCCCCGAUGGGGCGAAGUGGCUGCGUGGCCGUGCGCGAGCGGACGAGCCAGGAGGUGGAAGAGCCAACGGAUGCUCCUCGUCAACCAGAACCAGUGGAGGAGGAUGAGGCCUUGAGUGACAGCGAGGGCGAUGACCUCUACGACCCCGAGGUGGUCCCCGAUGGCAAGUGUUCCACUCCUUGGAUCCAAGCCUGGGCGACCCUGAACACCUGGAUCACAGAGACUGCCAAGGAGGUCUUGCGAGGGGCCCAGCUGGAGUUGGCUGAGGACCGGCGACCAGCACACAAGGGCCGGCGAGACCUCCUGCUAGAGCUUCUGACAUCGCGCUUGCCUGGGGAGUUCUCCUUCCUGGCCAGUCGCUUCUACGAGCUGGUCUCCAGUUUGGGCGUUCACCAGGCUUUGCCCUCCAUCACCGAGCGCGCGCUCUACGACCUCCUGGCGGCUGUCUUGCUGCGGGGGCUCUACCUCUCAGAUGCCCAACGAGGCCUCUACGUGCGGGACGAAGUGCAAGUGGAGUUGUUGGAGCAACGGAUGAAGGAGGCAGCUCAAUGCUACGGCAUCGCAGAGGAGGAGUUGAAGAUGAUGACUCAGUUGACUGAUUUGUACAAAGCACAAGAUGAUUAGAGUUGGCCACCUGAGGGUUCAUGGCUUCUUUGCAGUGAAG